AGGAUCAGUUUGAAAAGUACAGUAAUUUUGAAACUGAAAAAGAAAUAAAUCGGGUUCUCGGCGUUCCCUUAACGUUGGCCUCUACUGGACGCCUGAAGGCGAUCAGAACCUAAGUUCUGCGCUAGGAUAUUUCUGCAUCUGGAAAGGAAGAUGAAGUAAAAAUCUUUGAAAUAAAUGGAUCUUAGAUACUUCCAGUGAACCAAAGCGAUUCAAUGUCUCUUUUGGAUUGUUUCUGUACUUCACGAACACAAGUUGAGUCACUUAGAUCUGAGAAACAGUCUGAAACCAGUAUUCAUCAGUGCCUGGUUGAUGAGCCCACCCUUCCCUGGUCACAUCCAUCUAGAGCCAGUGAGGUGAUAUGUUCUACCAAUGUUUCUAACUAUGAACUGCAAGAGGAAAUAGGAAGAGGUUUCGACAACCUGACCACUGUCCAUCUUGCACGGCAUAUUCCCACAGGAACACUGGUAACUAUAAAAAUUACUAAUCUGGAGAACCUCACAGAAGAGCGCCUGAAAGCUAUACAGAGAGCAGUGAUUCUAGCCCACUUUUUCCGGCACCCCAAUAUUACAACUUACUGGACAGUUUUCACUGUUGGAACCUGGCUUUGGGUUAUUUCUCCAUUUAUGGCCUAUGGUUCAGCAAGUGAGCUCUUGAGGACAUACUUUCCUGAAGGAAUGAGUGAAACUCUAAUAAGAAACAUUCUCUUUGGAGCGGUGCGAGGGCUGAGCUAUCUGCACCAAAAUGGCUACAUUCAUAGGAGUUUUAAAGCCAGCCAUAUCCUCCUUUCUGGUGAUGGCCUGGUGACCCUCUCUGGCCUGUCCCAUCUGCAUAGUCUGGUUAAGCAUGGACAGAGACAUAGGGCUGUGUUUGAGUUCCCACAGUUCAGCACAUCAGUGCAGCCGUGGCUGAGUCCAGAACUGCUGAGACAGGAUUUACAUGGAUAUAAUGUGAAGUCGGAUAUCUAUAGUGUUGGGAUUACAGCAUGUGAAUUAGCCAGUGGGCAGGUACCUUUUCAGGACAUUCACAGAACUCAGAUGUUGUUACAGAAGCUGAAAGGUCCUCCCUAUAGCCCAGGGGACCUCAGUAUUCGUCCUCAGUCAGACUCCAGAAUGAAGUCUUCCCGGUCAGGUGUGGACUCUGGGAUUGGAGGAAGUGUGCUGGUCUCCAGUGCAGCUCACACCUUCAACAGUGACCGACUGCACACACCACCCUCAAAAACCUUCUCUCCCGCCUUCUUCAGCUUGGUGCAGCUCUGUCUGCAGCAAGAUCCUGAGAAGAGACCAUCUGCAAGCAGUUUAUUGUCUCAUAUAUUCUUCAAGCAGAUAAGGGAAGAAAGCCAGGACUCCAUCCUUUUGCAUUUGCCUCCUGCCUGUACCAAGCCAUCAGAAGCAAUGCCGUCCAUGCUCUGGACAGAGCCUGAGUGUGAUUUUCCUGAGGAGCAGGGCCCAGCCUGGGAGUUCUAGGGCUGCCGUAGCAUUUUGUGUCCUGUAUACUUGACACCUUCUUCUCGCUGCUUUUUCUCCUGUAUUUCUAGGUAUAAAUGCAGAAUUAUACUUGAAAACACAGUUGGUGCACUGGAGAAGCUAUUCUUAGACCACUCUGCUCACAGAGGCACCAACUUACAGCCCUCGGCUUAGACUGUGAGCUCUCAGAACUCCAGGGAACGUCAGCAUUACCAGCCUAGCUAUAGUUAAUUGAGGUUCUUGGACCUUUGAAUCUCUUCUUGAACUUUUCCAAGCUGUGACUACUUUUCUUAGCAUAAUUUUUGAGCCAGGUAAUCUUUUGAUGUUCUGCUGUCUUCUUGGAGUGAAUGAUUUCUCCAAGAACAGUUCUUUCAAGGACAUCAUUGUCUUCCAGAGCCUCAGGCCUUUGUGAUCAGCUGCUGUUAGACCCACCGGCACCAAACCCCUUCAUGGAGAAAGGAAAAUGUUUAGACUCCCAUUUUCUGUUAAUGUGGAUGGUAACAUCAAACUGAGCCUCAUUAAAUGAGUCACUUGAAAUACCUAGGAAAGAUACCAUUUGCUUUUUUUUAAGGGGGUAAAACUAAUAAUUUUCUGUGUAAAUUAUCAAUCCUAAACAUGCCCUGUAGGAGCGCAAUAAAAGACCUACUGAAUGAA